AUGCAUGUAAUUACCCUUCACGAGUUAUCCAUUGAUUCUAUCAAGGAUAGCAAGAUUACCAACAUUAAUCUGUAUACGAGCCGCGCUCACGUCACUCGGUCUUUUAAUGUUAAUGCUGCUGCUGGACAAACCAAAAUUACAAUAUCCAACUUACCCAAUUGCGUGGAUUACGAUUCUCUUAGGGUUGAGGGACGAGGCCCUGCUGUGAUUCAGGGUGUUGCAGUGGCCAAAGCACCCAUUGCUCGACCUGAAAUCUCGUCGCCGCUGUUUAGAGACCUUGAUGACAGGAAGGCUAGGGCCGAGAACGCGCUACAACGGUGCAUAAAGGCUAAGCAAGCCGUUGAGAAAUACAUGGGCAAUAUCUCCGUGGAACAUAUGGACAUAUCUAAGCUUGGUGAAGCUAUGGAUGUCUAUGACAACACCGAAGAAAAAUGGGACUUGAAGAUAAUGGAGCUCAGAAAAGAUAUCAAGGACUUGGAAAUACAGAUGGAUCAAGAGGUUCAAAGGUUAGAGAUGCAAGUCGAAAACAAAAAAUUGCGCACAAAAGUUACUUUGACGAUAUUUACGGAAAUUGAUGCCGAGCUGGAGAUUAUUUUGGUCUAUGCUGUAUCGAACUCAUACUGGCAUGCUGGAUAUGAUAUUAGAGUGGAUAUGCAGACAAAGGGAGCCCCUGUACAGGUGACCUACAAAGCCGCCAUUAAUCAAAGAACUGGUGAAAAGUGGGAGAAUGUACCAAUUACGCUGGAAACCUCUCAGCCUACGUUUGGCGUUGAGCUUCCCGAGCUCAAACCUUGGAAAAUUACAUAUGAGAUGCCGUCUUCCAAGCGCACGAGGCAGACAGCGCGUAAAUGUACUGGGGGUAAAGCCGCUCGCCGUCAGGUGGUAUCCACACCAGCCGAGCCUGAUUCAGACGAGGAUGAAGACGAGGACAUGAUGGAAUUUGAUGUUUCUACAGUCACAUCCAAAGGAAAUGUCAAUGCUACUUUCCUUGUGCCGGGGCUGACUACUGUCCCAAGCGACCAAGAAGAGCAUGGUGUGACAAUUGCAGAAUUGCUUUUGGAGGCUGAGAUUUCGUGGAUAUGCAUCCCUCAAGGAAGCACGCAAGUCCAUCUACAGGCAAAGAUAUUAAAUUCUUCAGAAUACACAUUCCUUCCUGGACCUAGCAAUGUUUACGUUGACCAAAGCUUCAUUUCUCACUCUAGAAUUCCUGGAGUUGCUUCCCUGGAAACUUUUUCUUGUCCACUAGGAGUCGAUCCAUCCAUUCGAGUCACGUAUCAUCCACAAGAGAAGAUAACUUCUGAAUCUGGAUUCUACAACAAAACAGUCAAGCAUCUGUAUACUCAACGCAUAUCUGUGUACAAUAGCAAGUCUGUCGCGAUUAAAGGCCUUAAGGUUAUUGAUCGCAUUCCGGUUUCCGAGGACGCUGCCCUCGUCGUAAAUCUUAUCAACCCAGCACUUGACCUGCCAGGUCCAGAGACGGAUGUAAGCAACAGCCUUGUCAGCAUAUCGCCUGGUGUGAAGGUUGGUGACGAGAUCAUAGCCCAAUGGAAUAGAACAGAGAGUAUAGGUGACGAUGUAUCUGCCCUUGGGAAGGAUGGACAAGUGUGCUGGAUAUGCAGCGUGCCUGCUUUGGGACGAAACAACCUCGUGCUUCAAUGGGAAGUCAUUGACUCCCAGAAAACCAAGAUUUUCGGCCUUGAUUCAUGA